UUUAAAGAGAAGCUCCAGCAUCAAAGAGGCUGAAAAGAAAACACUCCAAUCAACCAGAAUGGAAGGAGGCAACAGUCCCAAUCUGCAGCUUCAGCAACUCCCCUUGGCCACAGCAGCAGUUUCUGUGCAGCCACAUGUUGACUCCUUUUCUUACAAGGAGAACUUGAUUGGUGCAUUGCUGGCUAUCUUUGGCCACCUCCUUACCAGUAUUGCCCUCAACCUCCAGAAGUACAGCCACAUCCGGCUGGCAGGCUCCAAGGACCCCCGAGCCUACUUCAAAACCAAGACCUGGUGGUGUGGGCUGCUGCUGCUGGUGCUGGGAGAGCUGGGAGUGUUCUCCUCUUAUGCCUUUGCUCCUCUUUCCCUGAUUGUGCCACUCAGUGCAGUGUCUGUUGUAGCUAGUGCAAUCAUAGGAAUUAUAUUUAUUAAAGAAAAAUGGAAGCCCAAGGAAUUUUUGAGGCGCUAUGUUUUGUCCUUUGUAGGCUGUGGUUUGGCAAUUGUUGGAACUUACCUGCUGAUAACAUUUGGACCUAAUAGUCAUGAGAAGAUGACAGGAGAAAAUAUCACUAGGCAUUUAGUGAGCUGGCCAUUUCUGUUGUACAUGCUGGUGGAGAUCAUCAUGUUCUGCCUGCUACUGUAUUUUUACAAGGAGAAAAAUGCCAAUUACAUUGUGGUUAUUCUUCUGCUGGUGGCUUUGCUGGGUUCCAUGACUGUGGUGACAGUGAAGGCUGUGGCAGGCAUGAUUGUGGUCUCCAUCCAAGGGAACUUACAGCUUGACUACCCCAUAUUCUACAUCAUGUUGGUGUGCAUGAUUGCUACGGCGCUCUACCAAGCAACGUUUUUGGCUCAGGCCUCUCAGCUCUAUGACUCCUCACAGAUUGCCAGCAUUGGCUACAUCCUGUCCACCACAGCAGCCAUCACUGCAGGAGCAACUUUUUACUUGGACUUCACGGGUGAAGAUGUUCUCCAUAUCUGUAUGUUUGCACUUGGGUGCCUCAUAGCAUUUCUGGGUGUCUUCCUGAUCACAAGAAACAGGAAGAAAUCUGUACCAUUUGAACCUUACAUAUCAAUGGAUGCUAUGCCAGGCAUGCAGAACAUGCACGACAAAGGGAUUGCAGUGCAGCCUGACCUCAAGGCUUCUUUUUCCUACGGUGCCCUAGAGAACAAUGACAGCAUGCCAGAGAUUUAUACUCCAGCUACCUUACCAAUUGUGCAGGAGCAGCAUGGAUCCAAAGGAGUCUCUGCUCCACCCUACCGUGUGCUGGAGCACAGCAAAAAGGAGUGAGUGACCUUUAAGGGACUGAGCUGAAGCAUCACAAGUGUGACCUUUAUUUAUUUACCUAUUAAAACAUAAGCAAGUGUAAAGCCAACCCUGAUAAUAAUUUAAAGCUCGUCUCCAAACU